AAGGCAAACAGCCGAGAGCUAGCUAUGCAGCAAAAUAUAUAUAGAUCCGGCCAAAAAGAAAAAAAAAACGAUACCAUUAAGAUAAGACCGAGGAACACCGUGUUGGAAUUAUUGGCAACAAGUCCACAAAGUCAAAAGUCAAAGCUCAUCCUCCCCAUGCUGUUGCAGUCUUUGCCACAUAUAUGAAGCCAAGCAGGUCAGUCACGGGCUUCACGUCGCCUCGCCGGAGAAGAAGACAUCGCCAACAUAUACCCCCCCUCCCUACCUAGACUCAGAUCAGAUCACCUGCCCAUCGACGAGCACAAGAGCGAUCCAUUCCUGGUUUGAAUCGAGCUUGGUUUGUUUGGUUGGUUGGUUUCUUGGAGUGGAUGAUGGCGAGGUGGUGCGUGGGGUGGCCGGCGGCGGCGAGGGGUGGUCGGGAUGAGCUGACGUGGCAGGCGGAGCUGACGGCGCACGCGGCGGGGGAGUUCUCCAUGGCGGCGGCGCAGGCCAACGCGGUGAUGGAGGACCAGGCGCAGGUCAUGGCGUCGCCCGGCGCCACGCUCGUCGGCGUCUAUGAUGGCCAUGGCGGCCCCGACGCCUCCCGCUUCCUCCGCUCCCGCCUAUUCCCUCUCAUCCAUGAGUUCGCGGCGGAGCGCGGCGGCGCGGUGGACGCCGACGUGAUCCGGAAGGCGUUCCUGGCGGCCGACGAGGAGUACCUCCAGCUGCUGCGGUGGUCGCUGCCGAACAUGUCCCGCGCGGCCGCCUCGGGCUCCUGCUGCCUCCUGGGCGCCAUCUCCGGCGACACGCUCUACGUCGCCAACGCCGGCGACUCCCGCGCUGUCCUCGGCCGCCGCGCGGCGGCCGGCCAGACCGUCGCCGAGCGGCUCUCCACCGAGCACAACGUGGCCUCGGAGGAGGUCCGGAGGGAGCUCGCCGCGCUCCACCCCGACGACGGCGAGGUCGUGGUCCACGCCCGCGGCGCGUGGAGGGUGAAGGGGAUCAUCCAGGUGGCGCGCGCCAUCGGCGACGUGUACCUCAAGACGCCGGAGUUCAAGCGCGACCCGGCGGUGCAGCGGCUAUGCAGCGCCGCCGCCGCCGUCGAGCUGGCGCGGCCGGUGGUCACCGCCGAGCCGUCCAUCCACGCCCGGAAGCUCAAGGCGGGCGUCGACCUGUUCGUCGUGUUCGCCUCCGACGGCCUAUGGGAGCACCUCUCCGACGAGGCGGCGGUGCAGCUGGUGUCCAAGAGCUCGACGAGGAGAGGCGUGGCGGCGAGGCUGGUGCAGGCAGCGCUCGGGGAGGCGGCGAGGAAGCGGGAGGUGAGGCGCGGCGACCUGCGGCGGAUCGAGCGAGGGGUGAGGCGCCACUUCCACGACGACAUCACCGCCGUCGUCGUCUUCCUCGACCUCGACGACGACGGCGGCCGCCGCGCGCGCCGCCGUGGCAGGGUCGUCGACUCCAGCAGCAGCAGCUGCAGCAACACGCCGCUCGACGUCUACAGCUUGUACAACUCCACCGCUUGAACAACAAUAUAUUUAAUAUUUGGGAUUUCCCAUGUCAUGUUGCUUACAACUACAUUUUUUUUAAACAUUUUUACAAAUAGGAUGUCGAGUUAGGUUAACACUUAGGAUCUGUUUGUCAUAGUUUAACUCUAUCUUUUUUGAAGUUGGAGUUCAGACUAACAGUUUUAGGUAUACCUAAAAUGAGAGUAGAACUGGGUUGAGCGUUCUUAUAAAAUGAACUAGAGAAGUGGAGCUGCAUUGAAGCAGCUUCACAACUUUACUUCAAA